AUGGGUGGUAGAGUUUAUGAUCCAAUACACGAUGUAUUUCAAGAGACUCCAGUUCAUGGUUCAAUAGACGACCAGAAAUUAUCUCUACAACACACUCCUACAGCAAAUAAGAAUUCGAUAGAUUUAAGUAGUAAUACCACAAUAGACGAACAGGACGAUGAUGAUGAUGAUAUUGAUGUUGAUGAUGAAUCCACACAGAGUGAAGAUAAUACUAGUAUAACCGGAACAAAUCUUAAUAGUAACCAAAUUAAAUCAAAUAAUGUAAAUAUUUUACAACUGGAUGUUAAAAAACAACAACAACAACAACAACAACAACAACAACAACAACAACAACAACAAAACAGUUCUUCUUCUCACUAUCAUACACGUUAUAAUAGACAUUUAAAGAAACCUGAUGGUGAAUUUUUCACUAGAGAUGACAUUCAAUAUCAUUUUUUAAAGACUUUAUUAACUGAUAAGAAAAAAAUUUUUACAAAUAUCUUUAAGGAUAACUAUUUAAAAUUUCAGUUAAUACCAAAUAUUGUUAAAGGUGAUUUGAUAAAUGAUGAAUUAAAUUUUAAAAAUUUUAUUAAAGAUGAUAAACUAACUUUUGUUCAGUUGUAUACUUUAACCGUAGCAAGUUCAGAAAAAUGUUCCAAGAUACUUAGAGAUAAGCUAUUAAUGGAUCCCAAGAUUUCAUUUUCAACAUGUUUAUUAAGUUUAUUAAUUAAUUUUGGUAAAUUAAACACUACAAUAAAUUUCUAUAUUGAAAUGACAUCACAACUGAGAACGUAUCAUUCGAUACCGAUAUUACAAAUUAAUAAUAAUAAUGUUAAAUCUUUACAAGAUACACCAAGAUUGAAAUCAAUUUUAAAAAAUUUACCCUUGGGUAAUGAACUUUUUAGUUUAAAUGAAAUCUAUGAUAAUAUUUUAAAGAGACCGAAAAAUCUAAAUUUAAUUAAUCUAAUAUUUACAAUGGUUGAAAAUAGUAAAUUAAUUGAUUCAACCUUUUUAAAUAAUACAAAAUUUAUUGAUUAUGAAAAGCAUUUGACAUUAUUUGCAAUAUUGGAUCAAUCAAAUUUUGAAGUUAAUGAUAGAGUUAAUAUUUUAUUAUGGUUAAUUUAUAUUCAUUUAGAGACGGAAUUAAAUGAAAAUGAAAUUAUUGAAUCUUUGAAGAUUUUUGGUAAGGAGAAAGAAGAUGGUAGUGGUCACUUUAUUUUACCUCUACGACUAAGUAAGGAUGUGAAACAAGUCAAUGAAGAAAAGUAUAUUUAUUUAGAUGAUAUUGAUACCUCUGAUGAAGUUGAAUUUGGUAAUGAACGUAAAUUGAAAAGAAAAGAAUUUUUAGUGAAAAAUAAUAUUGAUAGAGAGAAGCCUAAAGAGUCAAAGAAGAGACUUGAGCAAGAAACAAAUGGUGAAGAAACGACCCUGGAAAGCACAGUUGAAUCAACAUUGGGGACUCCGAUGGAGGAACCACAAUCGAAAAUGGAUAACGAAUUCGAAAAUGAAAUCGAAAAUGAAUCUGAACACGAAGUAACAAAUAAUAGUAAUAAUAAUAAUGCCACUAGGAAACGUAGACUAAAUAAUUCUAAUGGAAUGAAUAAUAACGAUAGGAUAACGCGAUUAAUAUUAAAGGAUGAAAAUAAGAAAAUUGUGGAAAUAAAUAAGACUCAAAUUGAAUUUUUGAAUGAUUUAAUUAAAUCUCACGAUUUAAUUAGACAAAAGAGGAAUGAAGUUGGAUUAAUUAAAAUUUUCAAUGAUUUUGAAGAUAUACCGAUGGCAUCAGUACUUGGUAUUCGUGGUAAAAAAAGGAAAAGAUUCAACGAUGGAUUACUAGGAUUUGAAACAGAUUAUUUGAAAGAUUUCAAGAUUGCUAAGAAAAUGUUAAUUGAGACCCUCCAAAGGGAGAAGGACGAUAAUGAAAGUUUGAGGGAAGAUUAUACAAAGGAUUAUAAUUUAUUCAAGUUAUAA